CAACCCUUAAAAAAAUAGUACACUCUUUAAUCACACUGCGGAAGCAUAAUCAAGCAAUGGAAAAACUUAUCACAAGUCAUUGGUCAGAUUUUCAGUGUGUCCCUGAGGACUACAUAUUUCCACCAGAAUCAAGACCGGGGAAUAUCAAAAUUCCAUUCAACACUAGCAUCCCAGUGAUUGAUCUCAGUGAAGCACAAAAUGGUGAUAGAACAAAUACAAUUCACAAAAUUAUCAAAGCUUCUGAGGAGUUUGGAUUCUUUCAGGUUAUCAAUCAUGGAGUAUCGGUGAAUCGAAUUAAAGAAACAAUGAAUGUUUUCAAUGAAGUGUUCAAGAUGCCUGAUGUGUACAAGAAAAAGCUCAUUACUAAUGAUCCUUCCAAGCCAUGUAAGAUGUUUACUAGCAGUAUCAAUUAUGACCAUGAAAAGGUUCAUCUAUGGAAAGAUACUCUAAGGCACAAAUGUUACCCGUUGGAGCAGUCACAACACUUAUGGCCUGAAAAUCCAACAAACUACAGAGAGUGUGUUGGAGAUUUCUCAACCGAAGUUAAGAAACUAGGUUCGAGGAUCAUGAAUUUGAUCGGCGAAGGACUUGGUCUUGAAAACGGAUAUUUUGACAAUGAUCUUACCGGGUCAAUUCUUUUGUCAGUUAAUCAUUAUCCACCAUGUCCUGAACCAAGUUUGACACUAGGAAUUAUCAAACACUCGGAUCCCAAUCUCAUCACAAUUUUACUUCAAGAUGAUGUAUCUGGUCUUCAGGUAUUCAAACAUGAAGAGUGGAUUGCUGUUGAAGCCAUUCCUCAUGCUUUUGUGAUAAAUGUAGGCUAUCAGUUGCAGAUAAUCAGUAAUGGGAAGCUAAAAAGUGUUGAACAUAGGGCUGUGACGAAUUCGAGUCAUGGUCGAACAAGUGCUGCAUUUUGUUUAGCUCCUUCAGGUGAUUGUAAUGUAGGGCCAGCACAAGCUAUCACAGAUGAAAACAAUCCACCAAUUUUCAAGAAUUUCAAAUACAAGGAGUUCAUUUCACACUAUAUUAACAAAAAUGGUGACACAGAUGUGGUGCUAAAAUCAUUUGAGACACCUAGGUAAUUAACUGAAAUAAUAUGGUUUGGAAGGAAUAAAGUGUUGAUCAAAUGAGUCUAAAUAAUUGAUCUAAGGUUGGAUCAUUGACAGCAGCAUAGAUUUAAUCUCUGAGUCUGAGGACAGUAUUUAUUCAUGUUUCUAUAUUAAAGCAAACAAGUUGUGUAUAACAGCUUUUUAGGAAAAAAAUUUAAAAAUAAACAAAGUGUUGUGUUUAUGGUGCAAUGUUCACACACUUUUAAUAUUUCUAAUUAUAAUUAAGGUUAUUUAUUUUAGAUUAUUUUAAUGCACCCUAUGUAUUACUAGCGUACUACAAGAAAAUAUAAUAAUGUACCCAUGUUUUAGAGAUACAUAUCUAAAUCCCCACAACUUAAUACAUUUUUGAAUCCAACCCUAACACAAUGGUAAUUUAUUACUGAGAUACAUCUUUGUAUACAUUACAGAAAUACAUCUCCGAACGCUAGUUGUUCAAAACUGCGCUAAAACCUCUUCUCCUUCCUCUCUUUUUAAAAAACAACUCUAAACCUCUUCAUUCUCAAACUCUCAAAUCACAUUCAAG